AUGCCGACAAUAAUUUCAGCUCAAUGUUAUAUUCCUGCUAACCCAAACAAUCCAAGAAAUUUAUCAUAUGUAAAUUGUGAAAUGGUCAAAGAAACUACAAAAUCGAAAUUGAGUGCAGCGACACCGAAUGUUACAAUGUUUGAUAUAAAUUUGACUUGUAAUGCUAAUGAUACUAUAUGCCAAAAAGUCAAAAUCGCUUUUGAUACAGCAACUCAAAUAAUUUCAUCAACCUUUAUCUUAAAUAGUCGAAUAAUUCUUAAUGCAUCUUAUGUAUCAUUUUGUAAUGGUAUCCCAAAUUGUCCUUAUGAAAUCGUUUUAGGUCAAGCUGCGCCAUCAAAUUGGAUAUUAAUGCAAGAUGAUGAUAAUGUUCAAAGAUUAUAUCCUCAAGCUUUGGUCAAACAAUUUCAAUUACCUACUCAUCCAACAUAUACUAGUUAUGAUAUAUUUGCCAUGUUUAAUUCUGAUAUACCAUAUUGGUUCUCUGGUGAUCCACCCAUAAGACCUGAUCAAUACGAUUUUCUUUAUGUAAUGCUUCAUGAGUUAUUUCAUGGACUUGGAUUUGGAUCUAGUUGGGAAGAAUACGUAACUGGCAUAGUAACUCCAAUGCCAGCCCUAGAUCCAAUGAGCACCGAAGAAUUUGAUUUAGAUUCUACUGACCCACAAGCCAGUGAUAAAAUAAAAUUUUAUGAAUGGGCGUUUGAUAAGUACAUGACAUUCAGUAAUGGCACAAAAACUUCAAGUGUUACAACGCAAUUAAAUAAAUUUUUCUCAGGACGUUCAGGAACUCAACUUGAUUUUGAGAAUAAUUUUUAUAAAUCGAAUCAAUAUUCACUAGCAAAAAAGAUGCAUUCAUUAACACAGACACCACAGUCCUUAGCGUUCAUACUCCAAGAAUCUAAUGACUCGUUGAUAUUGGAAACAUCUUUUAAUCCCUUCAGGCAAGGAUCUAGUAUUAGUCAUGUAGAUGGAACAACUUAUACUAAUACUUCGGACUUUCUUAUGGGAGCGCAAGCUAGGAACGGAACGACUAUUACAAGUUUGGCUUCAGCGACAGGAAAUUUUAGUGGUGGGAGCG